AUGCUACGCGUCAUGACAACAACAGCCAAAAGGGUGCCAAUCCCCAAAAAUGGCGUCGACUAUCGCGGAAAAAUCGUGUUGGCCCCUAUGGUGCGCAGCGGCGAGUGUCCAUCGCGGCUGCUCGCCCUGAAAUAUGGUGCUGACCUUGUGUGGGGGCCCGAGACGGUCGAUAGGGCCCUCAUCGGCUGCACUAGAAUCGAGAACAAGACGACGAACACGAUCGACUUCACUAGAUAUUCUUCGAAUGGGAACAAGGAUGCUCAGCCAGAUCACGGGCAUCGAGAGAGCGUCAUCUUCCGUCUCCAUCCUGAACGGGAGGGAAGGAGACUAAUUCAUCAGAUCGGAACGGCCAAUCCCGAGACAGCUGUGCAAGCUGCCAAACUCAUCGCUGCUGAUGUUGCCGGAAUUGAUGUCAAUGCGGGUUGCCCGAAACCAUUCAGCACGCUCGGUGGGAUGGGUGCGGCUCUUCUGAAAACACCUGAGAAGCUUUGCGAGAUUUUGCGAGCGCUAGUAAAGGAUGUAGGUGGACCUUUCGAGAUUGGUAUCAGUGUCAAGAUCCGUCUACUCGAGACGCCCGAACAGACCGAGGCUUUGGUACGAGCACUCUGCGACACUGGCAUCACUGGGCUCACGAUUCACUGUCGAACAACUCCCAUGCGACCACGGGAGCGAGCGAUUCGAGAUCAGCUCAAGAUGAUUGCUGACAUCUGCCGUGAGACUGGUGUGGCAUGUUUGAUGAACGGCGAUGUCUACAGCCGAGAUGAAGCGCUGGGGCUCAUCGCUGAGUAUGGCGUCGACGGUGCAAUGAUCGCCACCGCGGCCGAGACCAAUCCCUCAGUCUUUCGACCAGAAUCGGAAGGUGGCAAGGCAUCGUGGGAUGUAGUGAUCCGCGAGUACAUCGAAACCAGUAUGGAGGUGCAGAACCGCUGGGGCAACACGAAGUUCCUCCUUGGUCAGAUGAUACCUGGCAAGCAGCCUGUGUAUCAGAAGAUGACCGGAGCGAAAAGUUACACAGAACUUGUCCAGGUUUUGGGCCAUCCCGAUCUCGUCGAGAGAGCAAAGAUUACGGACGAACAGCUAGGCAUUGGGGAUUUCGAAGCACCAAAGGUAUCCAAGUCGCAACAGAAAGCAGCGAAGAAGGCAGCUGCAAAACAACAACACAAAGGCAAAACCACGAGAAACAACGGAAGCAAGGUCGAGAAGCAGAAGCAUGCAGCAUCGUCACCCAUCAAACCAUCUGCGCAACCAGCGGGUCACAACUCGCCCACGAUUGCGAACAAGAAGCGUUCGGCCGAGCAAGCCGAGCUGGAGAGUCUCCAAGAUAUGGCGAGAGACCGAGCGCCUGGCUCAAUUCCUGAGUCUGUAUCCGCGCUCGCAAUUUGA